CUUCGUGUCAGCAGGGACUUGAGAAACGGCAGGUCGCUUCCUCGACGGGGAGACAGAAGGAGGAGGAGGAGGUGGCGAUGGUGUCUGCGUGGGUGCUGCUGGGCUUGUCCCUCGUGUGCUGGGGCCCGGUCCCCUCGGGGGCCUCCGUCGAGGAAGAGAGAAGCGCCCACCCGACCGUCUCCACCCGCCUGGGGCGCCUGCAGGGGACACUGCUGAGCGUGGAGGAUGCCCCCGUCCCCGUCAAGGCCUUCCUGGGGGUCCCUUUCGCCAAGCCCCCCCUGGGCUCCCUCCGCUUCGCCCCGCCUGAGCCACCCGAGCCUUGGUCCCACGUGAGGGAGGCUGCCUCCCAGCCCCCCAUGUGCCUCCAGGACGUGAGCUGGAUGGAGGGGAUAGGCCAAGCGCUGAACGUGACCUUGCCCAAGUUGCCCAUCUCUGAGGACUGCCUCUACCUCAACGUCUUCACGCCGGACACAGAGGCCAAAUUGCCGGUGCUGGUCUGGAUCCAUGGCGGGGCCCUGAUUAUGGGGUGUGCCUACUUUUACAAUGCACCCGGCCUCUCUGCCCUCGAGAACGUGGUGGUGGUGGUCCUUCAAUACCGGUUGGGGAUCCCAGGCUUCUUCAGCACAGGGUCUAAGGAGGCGCCUGGCAACUGGGGCUUGCUGGACCAGGUGGCAGCCCUCAGGUGGGUCCAGGAGAACAUCGAGGCCUUCGGAGGAGACCCCACUUUGGUGACCAUCAUGGGAGAGUCGGCCGGAGGGUUCAGCGUGGGGGUCCAGACUUUGUCCCCAUUGUCCAGGGGCCUCUUUCACAGAGCCAUCUCAGAGAGUGGAGUCGCUCUCGUGCCCAGCCUCUUUGAGAAGAGCCCUGGAGACAUGGUCCAGACGGUUGCCAAUGUCUCUGGCUGUGAGAACAGCAGUCCAUCUGCCCUGGUGCGUUGCUUGAGGAGCAAAACGGAGGAGGAACUGGCCGCACUGAACAUCCAGCUGUGCCAGGUCCUUGGAGUGAUCCCUGCUGUGGUGGAUGGGGAGUUUCUUCCAAAGGCACCAGGGGAGCUGCUGGCUGCGAAAGAGUUCAGCGAUGUACCAUACCUGAUCGGCAUCAAUAACCACGAGUACGGGUGGAUUCUCCCUCAGUCAGGUACCUUCCGAUCCAUCAUGGAGGGCAUGGACCGGCAGGUGGUGACAGCUGCCUUCCAGCAGUCGGCCCCCAUCCUGAAAAUCCCGGUGGAGGCCACACAGAGGGCCCUGGAGGAGUAUGUGGGGGAGACGGAAGACCCCCAGGAACUACGGGCUCAGUUUCAGGAUUUCAUGGGGGACGUCAUCUUUGGCCUUCCUUCUGUUCGAGCAGCUAGAGCUCAUAGAGACUCUGGUGCCCCCGUCUACUUUUACGAAUUCCAGCAUCGCCCUUCCAUCUUCAGAGACAUAAGGCCGGAGUAUGUCAAGGCUGACCACGGAGAUGAAGUCCCCUUUGUUUUGGGAGCGCCGUUCUCAAGCAGCAAGGAUUUCCCGCUUGGGGAAUACACGGAGGAGGAGAAGCGGCUCAGCAAGACGGUGAUGAGAUACUGGGCGAACUUUGCCCGCAGCGGGAACCCAAACGGCCAAGGGCUGGUGGAGUGGCCCCGGUACGACCAGAGGGAGAGCUACCUGGAACUGGGCUUGGAGCAAAGAGGAGCCCAGAAGCUGAAGCAGAGCAAAGUCCACUUCUGGCUGGAGACCCUGCCUGAGCAGAUGAGGGGGGAAAGGAGGACGGAGGAGGAGAAGAGGACACACCAAGAGCUGUAGGGGAGGGAGGGGGUGGCCACGGAGGAGAGCACGGCACCUCCAGGGAGGAGGCAGCUGCUUCAGGAGCAGAGCAGUUGAGUUGCCUCUCCGUCUCAGGAAAGCAGAGCCUGGUGAACGUCAUGGGGAAAUCAUUGGGUGAGGAAGGGUCCUGGGGCCGCAGGGAAAGGCUGAGGCUUUCUGAGGGUUAAUCAGAAACCCUUUCCAUUGGUUGAGAAGACUGGCCAGGCAGCACAUAUUGACGAUGCAUGUAUUUCAAAGCUUACGGACACAUUUCCGCCUCAGCGAGGUCUUUCUCCGUUGCCUUUGCCUUCUUCUGGGUCAUGGCUCCUCACCCUAGCAACAAACCCACAGGCACCCAGGAUGUUUACCAGCCUCUGCCCUUUGUUCACACGAAAGGGAGCGGGGCCUCUCCCCUGGAAGGGCUGGGCUCGGGGAUCUUUCACUGGUUCUGAAGGUGUGUUGAUCUCUGUGCCAGGAAAAUAAACCCCAUUCCUCUCUGAUGGCAGAA